AUUUGGGUCACAGCAUUCCCUUUCCCCACCCCUGCAGCACCCUGUCAUAUGACACCCAACCCAUGAUGCACCAUGCAAAUGCUUUCCAGCACAAAGCAGAGCGUCUGGCUGAACUAGUUCAACCUCUGAGGAAUGUGUUUGUGCAAGUCUGCUGUACUUUGCCCUGCCCCUUGCAUGGAAUAAUUACUGACUGACUCAGUGUUCCAGGAAAAACGAUCUCUCAAGCAGGAUACAGGCCUAGCCGAGUCCUGUGGACGCUGCCUUUUAUCACGUGAAAGAAAGUGUCUGUGGCUCGGCACAACAAACUUGACGUUGGCUUUUCAUAGAGGGUGAUUUAGGGUGGGACCUUAACUUCCACAUCAACAGGUUUCACAAUAAACACGUCACACCAGUUUCACCAAAACAAAUGGAUCUUGUGAAACAUACAGGCGGCUGCCACUGUGGGGCUGUUAGAUUUGAAGUCUGGAAUCCCCCAGACCUCCAUGUUUUUGAGUGCAACUGCAGCAUUUGCACAAAGAAACAAAACCAUCAUUUCAUUGUUCCAAAACAUCACUUCACACUCUUACAGGGGUCAGAUAAUCUGACCAUUUACACCUUUAACACUCACGUUGCUAAACACACCUUCUGUAAAACCUGUGGAGUUCAAAGUUUCUACACCCCGCGCUCCAACCCUGAUGGAUAUGGUGUCGCUCCACACUGUCUGGAUCCAGGUACUGUCCGCAGUGUCACAGUGGAGAAGUUUUGUGGGGAGAAGUGGGAAGAAAGCAUGCAAGCUCACAAGAGCAUCAGAGACAUGUCGAAACCUGCAGCAGACACACAGCUGAGAGAAACUAAAUAACACCACUCUGAUACAAGAAUCAAACUUUUUUAUUAACUGUAAAUACUGUACAAUAUCUUUGAAAUAAUAAGAUAAAUUGGUUUUAUACAGUGUUAUGACUCAAAACAAUAAAUAUGUUCUGUUUGUGUUA